AUGGCUUCAAGUGGUGUUCUUGAACGUUUAGAAAAUGUAACUAGUCGUUUGGAAAGUGUUGCUAAUAAAUUUAAUUUGGGUGCCAUUGGCAAUAGUAAUUCUCCAGCUGGUGAUAACGCCGGAUCUCAUCUUGACAAUUUACCAAUUAUUCAAGAUUAUUCAUCGUUGAUUGAUGGUUCAUUAAAACAAUGUUUACAGUUGUCAACAAGUUUGGGUGGUGAUCUAAAAGAGUUAAAUAAUCAUAUAUCAAAAUUAUUUGAUUUACAACGAAUAUUUAUUCUAUAUGCCAUACAAUGUAAAAAACCUACAAAUGAACAACAAUUUGCCGAAGCAAUUAAACCAAUGUUAAAUGAAAUACAAGCCAUACAAUCUUAUCGUGAAAAACAUCGUCAAUCACCAUUAUUUAAUCAUUUAUCGGCUAUAUCUGAAUCAAUACCGGCUCUUGGAUGGAUCACUGUUUCACCUGCACCAUAUCCAUUUAUUAAAGAAAUGGCCGAUGCUGGUCAAUUUUAUACAAAUCGUGUUUUAAAAGAGUUUAAAGAUAAAGAUGAAACACAUGUCAAUUGGGUUAAAUUAUGGCUAAAACUUUUACAAGAAUUACAACAAUAUGUUAAACAAUAUCAUACAACAGGUUUAGCAUGGGCAACACAUGGACAACAAGAAUUUAAUGCACAACAAGCAACAAGGUAA